AUGUUGUAUCGGGUGACGAAAGAUCCCGUGUCCAAGCAGAAAAGAUUUCAAUAUGUGUUGCCGGUGAAUCUCAAGGGUAAGACCCUGAUGGGCGUACAUGAUCUGGCAGGUCAUCAAGGUCAGGACCGCACUCUUUCGCUGAACGCUUUGUCUCGUCAGCUUGAGGGUUUGAUGGAGAAGCAAGCUGCAAACACUGUUCUUCUCGAAGAUCCUAUCCAGCGUAUUUGUGCUCUUGAGCGAAAGUUUGACGAGCAAAGACCGCAAGAGGAACAAAGACCGCGGGAAGAGCCAUUACAUAAAAGGAUAAAGAGGGCGCACAACGUGGGCAUUGCGGAAGCUGUAAGGCGCCUUCACAAUUCGGAAAACAACCCACAUAAAUAUGAUCCACAAACUGGAAUAAGUUCGCCUCGUAACCAAGCAGUCAUGACUUAUCAGCUAGAGGAAUUGAAAUCAACUUUUGCAGAUGCAGACCCUGAGUGUAUACAAGCGUGUUGCAAGACAUACUUUGAAACACUUCGGAGAAAGUACAAUUUGUCUCAGCCAGAAAAGUCCCAGCUAAGAGAUGCCAUUAAAACAGGAGCUAAAAACCGACAAAGGAAAAGACGGUUGCUGGAUUCCAGGUCCAAGGUUGUUCAAACCGAUGCAGAGAGAGAGCUUUGGCAGACUGCAACAGUGGAGCUGAUGUCUGACGAGGAGGGAUGCCAUUGUUGA